CAAAAAUAAGGGAAGCUGCAAUUGCGUGAAGCACAUUUUCAUUUUCUUCCGCUCUGUUUGAAAGUUGGCUGAUUCUCCGAUUCUACAGGCAGGUCAACUCCGAUCACCAACCGCCCGGCGAGACAUGGCAGCUGUAGGGGCUUCUUCUUCAAUGGUGCAAGCUAUGCUUGCACCUCGAUCAUCGAUGGCGCCGUUUAGUCUCCGUUCUUCUUUGCCUCAUCUUCAUCUUCUACCUCGUUCAGCUUCUUCUCCGUUGACACAUUCUUCUAAGCUCCAAACCUCAGCAUCCAAGAGAUCAUUAUCAUAUCGCAUCAUGGCAUCUUCAGAGGAUACAUCUGAAACUUCAGAAAUCGGGGAGGUAUUCUCGGGAUUAAAGGAAAAGUGGAAUGCACUUGAAAACAAACCCAUUGCUCUUGUCUAUGGAGGAGGAGCAGUUGUUGGUGUUUGGUUAUCUUCCACAGUUCUUAAUGCCAUCAAUGAGGUUCCUGUGAUCCCAAAGUUCUUGGAACUUGUAGGAUUUGGAUACACUGGAUGGUUUAUCUAUCGUUAUCUUCUCUUUAAGUCAACUAGAAAAGAACUAGCUGAUGAUAUUGAAGCAUUGAAGAAGAAGAUUGUUGGAAAUGAAUAGAGGAUUGUAAUUGGUAACAUGUUUCUAUGUCCAUAUUUAGUUUAUAUUAUUGAUUUUAAAGUUAUUUAUAUGCAUCCUUCCACCAUAAUGCUUGAUAAUGUGCACAUUGUGUAGUGUGAAGUGUUUUAAUAUGUUGUAUCAAUUGUUUUCAUGUAUUUGUUCCUGUUGUAUUUUGGCUAACUUUUAUUGGAAAUAAAUUAACAAC